AUGCGUCAGAAGUGUUCAGUUCAGUACACCGGAAUGGAUUCUUUUGACUUUUCUAGUAGAUCUACCUGGCCUCAGACGAAAAGAUUUCGCGAGAUCUCACCGAAUGAUAAUCCGGGACCGGGCCACUAUCUUCUACCUCCAUGUUUGGGUAACAAAUCCACAUUUGCUCGAAAUGGAAUCAUUGGAAGCCCCGCAAAAAUGAAGUAUAUUCGAAUUCCUCGUAUUCCUGCUCCCAACGAAUACGGUUUACAACGACCAUUGUCUCAAGGAAAAAAGGACUUCAAUAACGCCGCAUGCUCCCGUGUAUUUCACAAGGCAAUUGCCCAGAAAGUUGAAGCAAGGGCUCAACUACCGGCACCAUGUGACUACCAGGAUUCGAUGCCAGGACCUGGAACAUAUCAAACGGACCGGUUCCCCGAAGUGCAGCCUCAUCACGAACAGAGAAAACCGGAAAAGUCCCGAACGCGAGCGAAUAAUCCGAAAAUGAUCAACGAAUCCACAGAACUUCCCGGUCCGGGAUCUUACAAUUUGCGUCGGGAUUUAAUCACACCGAGAUUCAUGUCCACAGCACCGUUCCUAUCCAACGUUCCGCGUUGGUUACCGCCAAAUUUACCAAUUGGUUUGGGUAUGGGUGACAUGGUUCCCGGGGCAGGUAUGACAGUUUCAUGUCCUGGUGGAAAAGAUGCUUUCGUUAAUCCGGGACCGACCGCGUACAAUCCAGUGUUACCAGAUCAUACAUCAUUCCAUUUUAAAUACGAUCAUAUAUGGAUCUGA